GGUGUCUUAAUGUCGGAUGAAGAGCUAGCACGGUGGAUUCUGGAUCUUACCAGCAACAAAAACAGGAUAGGUGCCAGAAGACGUCAUUACAACUUUGACGAUCAAACUGAUGUGCAGAAAGACGACUACCAAAACCUUGUCGGAUUCUCAAAAAUCCAAUUCAACUCGCUGCUGACAGAAAUAUCAGAUCAUGUACACAACAGUGUCAACAGAAAUGUCCGAAAUGCGUUGGCCAUCUUCCUUAUGCUGCUUCGACACAAUUUGUCUCAGAAAGUCCUGAGCAGUCUUUUUGGAAUUCCCAAUCAGUCAUGUGUGAGUGAGACCAUUGAAGCAGUUGCAACAGCUCUGGACAACCAUUUCGUUAAGAAGUACCUGGGAUUUGAACACUUAUCUCGUGAAGCAGCACUUCGUGACCACUCGCGACCAAUAUAUUCUAAAUUAUUCAAAGAAGAGGACCCCACCAAGCUGUUUCUCAUCAUGGAUGGAACCUACAUUUACAUUGAGAAACCAGCCGAUUUUCAACUACAGAAACUCACUUAUUCUGGCCAGAAGAAGCGCAACUUGAUUAAACCAUUCAUGAUAGUUCUUCCGUCGGGGUAUAUCUUGACUGCGUGUGGUCCUUAUUAUGCUAAUGGUGCUAAUAAUGAUGCUGGGAUCCUAAAGUCCAUCCUGUCAGAGCUGCCACCUGAUUCUCCGUACUUGAAACCCGGUGAUCACCACAUUCUGGACAGGGGAUUCAGAGACGUGAUUCAGACUCUGCUUCGCCUUGGACACCUGACACAUAUGCCGGAGCUACUAGACACCGAUGACAAACAAUUCACCACCUCGCAAGGAAAUGAGUCAAGACGGGUCACGUUGGUUAGGUGGUUAGUGGAGGCAGUAAAUGGAAGAAUCAAGAAAAAGUUCAAAUUAUUUCGAGAGACAGUUCCAGGAGGAUACCUUGAGAAGCUGCCCAUGUUGUUCAGAAUUGGCUGCGCCCUCAUUAAUUGUUUCUACCCUCCUCUGUCCACCCACUCGCCCAAACAUGAUAAAAUAGCCGAAAGAGCACUGGAACUCGUCGACCAGGAGAAUGCUCUACAAAAACGAGUGGAGGACGAAAAAAUGGAUCGCCGGACCAAGCAGUGGAAGACAGCCUCGUUGGAAGAAUUUAAAAAAUUUCCCAAGCUUUCUGUUGAAGACUUAGAAGACAUUACACUUGGAGUCUAUCAAAUUGGAUUAGCCAAGCGUUAUGCUCAUUUGCACAUGUCCAACUCUGAAAAGUUUGAAAUUAAACUGAAUUCCGAGUUUACCAACAUUGUCCGAGCCAAGAUAGAAUCAAGAUUUACAGCAAAUAAAGCCCACGACCUAUGGAUCGAAUAUUCUUUAGAAGUUCAAGGUGCUGACGCCAUAAAAGGUUUUUACUGCAAAUGUAAACAAGGCGCUCGGACUAUGGGUUGCUGUGCACAUAUUUGCACGGUGUUGUGGUAUUUGGGUUAUCAAAGGUACCAAAACCCAACAAUACUUAAAGUUCGGAAAAGAAAACUGGAAAUUAUCAAUGCUGGAGAAUCUUAAUGGGAGGAGGAUUACGAUUAAGACAGUCAGGUUAUGCAUAUACAUUUCUUCACAUCUGGUAAUGAUUCACAAUUUUAGAACAUUUACAAAGUACGGAAUAAUUUGGGAAGGCACAUGGGUACUACGAUUGAUUUCGUAGUUAGCAAUCCCAACCGUACUUGUAAAUGCAUGCUAGGCGAUUAAAAUUAAUAUUAAUAUUGCAUAUUAUUUUUUCAGGUUUCAAGGUUCAACAGUUACAAUGUUCCUGUGAUUUAUGCAUUUUCGUGAAUAUAUGUAUACCAGUUACUUUGUUAUAUGUACAAAUUAUAUUGUAUAAAAUUAUAAACACGAUGUUAAAAAU